AUGGCCUCGGUGUCCAUCUUAAACUGUACACGGAGCGGCAUUACUUCUCUCGCUUUUAACUUCACUUUCAGUACCCUCUUUCUGUAUUCUUCUUUCUUGUCAAUGUUCUCUUUCAUAAAGUUACCGGAUUUCGCCACUAACCUGAGGAUUGUCUCCUCGCUGUUUACUAGUUGCAAUCCAACGAACUUUGCUCCCAGGAUGCACAUUCAUAAAUGCAGAUACGUGCUCUACCCUCUUCUUUUCGUGGUGGGUACAACCUUAUCACAUUUGCCUUUUAAUACAGGGUAUCAUUCACAAACACCAGUGUUCGAAUCUUUAUUAUUAUUAUUUGACUUGAUAUCAAAUCUAUCUAUCUAUCUAUCUAUCUAUCUAUCUAUCUAUCUAUCUAUCUAUCUAUCUAAUAAUAAUAAUAAUAAAAUCGGGGAGCUUUCCAAUAAUGAAUUGCCUCUCUCUCCUUUCUUCCCUCCCUCUUUCCACCUCUUUCCUUCUCUCUCUCUCUUCCACCCUUUCUCUUUCCACCUCUCUUUCUUUCUUUCUCUUUUCCCAUCUCCUCUUCCCCUUUAUCUUUCCACCACUCUCUCUUUCUCCACCUCUCUCUUUCCACUUCUCUCUCUUUUCCAUCUCUCUCUUUCCAUCUCUCUCUUUCCAUCUCCCUCUCUCUUUCCACCUCUCUCUUUCCGCCUCUCUCUUUCCACCUCUCUCUUUCCACCACUCUCUCUUUCCACCUCUCUCUCUCUCUCUCUCUCUCUCUCUCUCUCUCUCUUUCCACCUCUCUCUCUUUCCACCUCUCUUUUCCCAUCUCUCUCUUUCCCCCUUUAUCUUUCCACCAUUCUCUCUUUCCACCUCUCUCUCUCUUUCCACUUGUCUCUCUUUCCAUCUCUCUCUCCACAUCCUCUCUCUUCCACCUCUCUCUUUCCCCCUUUAUCUUUCCCCCACUCUCUCUUUCCACCUCUCUCUCUUUCCACCACUCUCUCUUUCCACCUCUCUCUCUUUCCAUCUCUCUUUUUUCCAUCUCUCUGA